AUGUCGUUGUCUUCAGGACCUGUGCAUUGUGGUUCUUUCACCGACCCUCAACGACACGAACCUCCAGAAUACCCAACAAAGAGUCAGCCUCCAGGAGCAUCACAACACACAACAACGAUGCAGUUCAAGGAAUUCGAUGCGUUUCCAAAGGUCGAGUCCGGCUUUGUGAAGCGGACAGGGUCCGGCGGCAUCUUGACGCUUGUUGUCUCGGCCAUCCUGUGCAUCUUAGUGAUGGGCGAAAUCAAGGACUACAUGACCCUUCGAAACGACUACAAUUUUAUUGUCGACCCGCUCGUCAACCACCAACUCCAGAUCAACCUCGACAUCACCAUCGCUAUGCCCUGCGAGACAUUGAGAAUUGACCUUCGAGAUAUCGCGGAUGUCCAGCUCGGGCUUUCAGAAAAAGUGGAAAAGAUCCCCACUCACUUCAAGGUGUACUCGUCGACACACGCAGAAAAGAUCCGCCACGCACCUCUCAACGUCCAAAAGAUGAUCCGUGCAGCUAGUAGGAAAGAGGCACUGGACCACGCCUCCAAGGGAAACACGGACUUCAAGGCCUGCAGGAUCACUGGAAGUUUUGAGGCGAACAAAUUGAGCGGAAACAUGCACAUCACGGCAGUCGGACAUGGAUACUAUGGAGCUCACAGCGACCAUUCAGUCAUGAAUAUGACCCAUAGUAUCCACGAGUUGUCGUUUGGAGAACUCUACCCUGCCAUCGUCAACCCCUUGGAUGAUAGCUUUGAACUCUCGCGCACAUCAUUCGAGGCGUUCCAGUACUUCUUGGUUGUUGUUCCUACGAUCUAUAUCGAUCGCUCGAAAAAGCAACUGCUGACGAACCAGUACUCGGUCAGCGAAUAUCGCCGAACAUUUGACGAGCAUCAAGGCAUCCCGGGCUUGUUCUUCAAAUACGAAUUCGAACCCAUGACGCUGGUGAUCUCGGAAGAAUCGUCCAUGUCAUUUGGACACUUGUUGGUCCGACUUGCAGGUCUGGUCGGAGGGUAUUAUGUUACUGCAGGUAUGGCACACAAGGUCUUGAGUGCCAUUUAUUACACCAUCCGACCGGAGCAGGCUCCCCUCAAGAGACAUAAUGUAUAA